UAGAAGCGACAGCUUGGAGCAGCGAGAGAGGGGGAGAGAGAAGGGGGUGGGCGAGGGAAGAUAGUGAGCGAGGGACCUGGUUCGUCAUCCGCCAGCCUUGUUCGAUUUCUCCUCCGUAAUGAGCCAGAGCUGUUAAAGAUUGCUGUUUGACCAUUGGAUUUGGGGGAUCGGGAAGUCAAUGUCUCGUGAUCUGGGUAAAGCAGGAACUGACUGCUUUGUAUGUUUGUGAGUUGAUCUUGGCUUCUUUGAAGAAGGUACUUUGCCUGUGAAUUGCUGACCACCAAAUUUCACCUGGAAAUCACUCCUAGUACAACUAUAAAACUUUGGCCUUUCAUAAAUGAAUUAUCUGGAAAAAAGCAGCUUCAGAUAAAUGGCUACAGAGAAUCCAUUGAGGUUCAUAGGGAAUACUGGAGCUGGGAACUGGGCCCUUGAUAAGGAUCCAUCAGAAUUUACAUCGUCUGGUAAUUUAAUUUCAGAAGAUUUGGGUCCACUUUUAGAGGGGCAAAGGUAUCUUGGAGGCAAUGGAAUUAAUGGUCUCAGUCGAAGUGGAAGUGCACCUCCGAGUAUUGAAGGUUCCCGUGCAGCUUUUGAUAUCUUGAAAGGCCAGAUUGCUGAUGUGGAUGGUAGUUUGGAGAACCUAAACAAUGCAGCACAAAAUUGUAAUUCUGAAGAGGAACUACGUGCCCAUCCAGCUUAUUUAGCAUACUACUGUGCUAACGUAAACUUGCAACCAAGGCUUCCUCAGCCUCUGAUCUCUCGGGAGAAUCGACAUAUGAUGCAACAGAUUGGCAAAAUUGGUCAGAGUAGGAGAUUGCCUUUAUUUGAUGACAACAGCAAAACAUCUUUCUUUGGUUCUCGACCUGUCCUAUCUACUCAUAACGAGGAAUCUGAGGAUGAUAGGUCACCUAGAACUGAACCUAGAAAAUCGGUGGAUAAGAAAGCUGAUGUUCUUCCAUUUAAUUUUUCUCUUUCUGAAGGACAGCAUAAUGCUAUGGUAGAUUCAGUGGAGGAAGAUUUUCCUCAGACUUCAUAUCCUUUAUAUCAUGACCAUUCUCAUACUUCAAGACAAACAUUGCUAGAUCAAGAAUCCAACCAGAAUUUGUUUUCGAAUGCUGUACAUGAUUCUUCUGUUGGCAUUACUAUGCUACAGCCUAGAAAAAACAGUGUAGGCCUUCAUGCUCGUUCUUCUCACAGAGGUUCACAUUCAGUUGGAUCCAUAUCAAGUGGUGAUCUUGGUGGCAUGCCAAUUUCAUGUGCAACAUCGACUGAGAAGACACUAAUUCAAACUGAAACUAGCAGUGGCAGCACCAAUUUUGAGAACGGUGUUUCACCUGGUGGUAUGGUCAGGUUAGGUAUUGGUAAUAUCAAAGAUGAAAUGAAGAAGCUAAGGUUAUCUUCUGCUGGCUACACAACCAAUGAAAGGCGACAUACCCAGCCAGGUGAUUUGCAUUCACAAAGCUCAUUUGCUCGUGCUCAGCUUGGUCAGUCUCAGAUGACUGCUUCAGGAAUACAACAUUCUCAAAGUUCUGGGAGUCAUUCUUCUCAUGGCCAACCAAAAUUAUCUGCAGUUGAGGUGCGACCACUAUCACAAUCUUCCAGUAUUUCUCCCUUGUAUGUCACAGCAAUGGCAUAUGGAGCUCCAUAUUACCAUACUCUGCAAUCUACUAGCCUACUCCCUUCUCAGUUUGGCAUAAGCGGAUACACAUUAAAUCCUUCACUAGUUCCAUCCUUGGUUACUGCAUAUCCUCAUCAUCAGAAUGUUGUUCCAGUGCCUUUUGAGAAUGCAGUUGGAGCAGAAUUCAAUACUAGAGUUCCAGGAGUUACAUCAGGAGGAAAUGAUUUUUCUGGUGCUGACGUUCAGCAGUUAUAUAAGAUGUAUGGACAAUUGAGUUUGCCUAUGCAGCCUCCCUUUACUGACUCUUUAUAUAUGCCUUUCUAUCAACAUCAUUCAGUUGAUGCUUAUAGUACUACAGCUGCUGUUCAAUAUGAGCCAAUGAUAUCCAGGGGAAAUGCUGUAGGAAGCUUACCAGGCCUCUAUGAUCCACAACAAGCUCAGGGUUCUACAUAUCUAUCUGAACAAACAUUCCAAGUCACCAGAGGUAGCAGUGUCAGUACCCUGAAUACUGCUAGAGGGGGCACUGUCAGUCCUACUUACUAUGGGAGUCCCACAAGUAUUGGUGUGAUGAUGCCAUUUUCAAAUUCUCCAAUGGGCAGUCCUGUUUUUCAAGGACCUUCAGUGGCUGGAACAAGCUUUUCAGGAAGGAAAAAUGACAACAUUAAGUAUCCAUUCAGCUCUGAGAGACAUACUGGUUCUUUAUCAGGGUGGCAAAGCCAAAGAGGGCACGAGAAGUUUGAUGAUCCAAAGCCUUUCUCUUUCCUUGAAGAGCUCAAGUCCAACAAAGCUCAUAGAUAUGAGUUGUCUGACAUUGUUGGACGUGUUGUUGAAUUUAGCGCCGACCAACAUGGUAGUCGAUUUAUCCAACAAAAGUUAGAGAUUUGUAGUGUUGAUGAGAAGGCUUCAGUUUUCAGUGAAGUACUUCCAUAUGCUUCUUCGUUAAUGAUUGAUGUAUUUGGGAACUAUGUUAUUCAAAAGUUUUUUGAACAUGGGAGCCCUGAACAGAGGAAAGAGCUUGCUGAUAAGCUUGUUGGCAAUAUCUUACCAUUGAGUCUUCAAAUGUAUGGUUGCCGCGUUAUUCAGAAGGCUCUGGAGGUUAUUGAUCUUGGUCAGAAAACACAGCUAGUGCAAGAACUUGAUGGAAAUGUCAUGAGAUGUGUUCGUGAUCAGAAUGGGAAUCAUGUGAUUCAGAAGUGCGUUGAGUGUAUAUCAACAGAAAAAAUUGGCUUCAUUAUAUCUGCUUUCCAUGGGCAAGUUGCAACACUUUCUACACAUCCUUACGGUUGCCGUGUGAUUCAGAGAGUACUGGAGCAUUGUAGCGAUGAAUCUCAAAGCCAAUUCAUCGUGGAUGAGAUUUUGCAGUCAGCUUGCCUACUUGCACAGGAUCAGUAUGGCAAUUAUGUCACACAGCAUGUUUUGGAGAGGGGAAAACCACAUGAAAGAAGUCAGAUUAUCAGCAAAUUAUUUGGGCAGAUUGUACAGAUGAGUCAGAACAAGUUUGCUUCAAAUGUUAUUGAAAAGUGUUUAGCAUAUGGUAGUACCGAAGAGAGGGAUCUCUUGAUUAAGGAAAUAGUGGGACAAACUGAAGAAAAUGACAAUUUAUUGGUGAUGAUGAAGGAUCAAUUUGCAAAUUAUGUGGUCCAAAAGAUUCUCGAAACAUGCACCGACAAGCAUCGGGAAAUCCUGCUCAACCGCAUCAAAGUUCAUCUGCCGGCUUUGAAGAAAUACACUUACGGGAAACAUAUAGUCUCUAGGAUCGAACAAGUAUACGGCGAAGAUGUCCUUGAAGUACCAUAAAACAAGAAGAGAAGCCGCUUGCCUCGGUGAUCCUAAUGAAGGAGAAUUCCAAGAAACUCCUCGAGGUGGCUUCUGUCAUACCUUUUUCAAUGCACAGGUCAGGCUUACAACAAGUAGAUUCUUACUUCAGGUGUGUAUCGCAUCUAUUUAAUGACCUAAAUUUGGUAUUUUGUGUAUCUAAACUAUUUAUAGGUGUCUAGCUUAGCGUAUCUGAAGGUGUAUAUUGAUAGUACAUACGGCGUAUGUUCUUCGUAGCCUUGCUUGAUAGUAUUAUGCUGAUUUGGGUAUACAUGCCUGUUACAAAUAUAUCUUUGAGUAGGUUAAGCUCCUAGUCGAUCUGUUUGUUUCCUA